UAUAGAAGUACGUAUUCCAUUCGUACAUCACAUGCAUUGGUUCAUCUUUAACUCUUAAAUUUGGGCUUUUAGGCUUUUAUUAUACAAUUGUAAACAAAUUGGUAUUUAUUAUAUACGUUUAUUAGCCCGUUUAAACCUAAUUGGGAGAAUUCUUCAUUUAAUCGAGAAGCCCAAAUCUUCUGUCUUGUUAUAACCUCAAGGAUAAAUUUGGUUGUUUCUAGUAUAAUAUUGGAAAGACUCAACGGUUAAGGAGUUGGUGAAUUUGUUUUAAGGGAUUUUAUUCGUUUCCUCCCAUCGUAUCAAAGCAUGAAACAGGCCACUUCAAAGACAGAGAUGAGUCAGUUCAACAUUUCCCCAGAUGAUGAUAGUCAAGAAUACAGUCCAUACCAAGACUGUCCGACCAAGAAGCCUAUUGGCAGUCCAUAUGACAUAGAUGCAGAGAGUCAAAACUUUCUUCCAGAAUUCCACCUGGACAAGAAGAAAUAUGAAACAGAUUAUCAUCAAGGCUCUGCCUCCUUUGGCAUGUCGGUCUUCAAUCUGGGCAAUGCCAUCAUGGGCAGUGGUAUCCUGGGUCUCUCGUAUGCCAUGGCCAACACUGGCAUUGCACUCUUUGUAAUUCUACUGGUUGCGGUUUCCAUCUUUUCACUGUACUCUGUGCACUUGCUUCUGAAAACUGCCAACGAAGGAGGUUCAUUGGUCUACGAGCAAUUAGGUUACAAGGCAUUCGGCAUGCCAGGGAAACUGGCAGCAUCCAUCUCCAUCACCAUGCAGAACAUUGGUGCCAUGUCCAGCUACCUCUUCAUUGUGAAGUAUGAGCUGCCAAUUGUUAUCCAAGCCUUCAUGGGAGCGAAUAACGGGGAGUGGUAUAUGAACGGGGACUAUUUGGUGAUUCUGGUGUCAAUUGUUAUCAUCCUACCUCUUUCGCUACUCAAGAACCUCGGUUACCUUGGUUACACCAGUGGUUUCUCUCUGCUUUGCAUGGUCUUCUUCCUGAUUGUGGUGAUUUAUAAGAAGUUUCAGAUCCCGUGCCCUUACACAGUAAUGCUACUGAACGAGACAGUUAGCAAGAUCCAGAACAUCUCAUCUGGCAGCAUCAACACUACAGCGGUCGACUACAACGAGGAUGUCUGCACACCAAAAUACUUUGUCUUCAACUCUCAGACCGUGUACGCUGUUCCUAUUCUGACAUUCGCCUUUGUCUGCCACCCUGCCAUCUUGCCCAUGUAUGAGGAACUUAAAGAUCGUUCCCGUAGAAAGAUGCAGGGAGUGGCCAACGUGUCUUUUCUGGCCAUGUUCAUCAUGUACCUGCUGGCUGCGCUCUUCGGAUAUCUGACCUUCAACGUGCACGUUGAGCCCGAGUUGCUGCACACCUACUCCAAGGUGUUCAAGGCUGACGUGGUCCUACUCAUCGUUCGUCUGGCCGUGUUGACAGCAGUCACCCUGACUGUCCCCGUGGUGCUAUUUCCAAUCCGCACCUCGGUCAACCAGCUGCUGUGCGCUUCCAAGGAUUUCAGCUGGAUACGCCACACCAUCAUCACCAUAGGUCUGCUGGCCAGCACCAACCUCCUGGUCAUCUUUGUUCCAACGAUCAGAGACAUCUUCGGCUUCAUCGGUGCAUCUGCGGCAGCCAUGUUGAUCUUCAUCUUGCCCUCAGCCUUCUAUAUCAAACUGGUCAAGAAGGAGCCCAUGAAGUCUGUGCAGAAAAUCGGGGCUAGCAUUUUCCUGUGCAGUGGCUUCUUUGUCAUGUUUGGCAGCUUGACGCUCAUCGCCCUUGACUGGCUCCAAUAGAACACCUUAUCCACCUGGAGGCCCCACAACAAUCGCAGCUGAGCCACUGAAACAUCUUACUGCUAAGACUGCUAUCCAAUAAGAAUGAGGACCUCACUCAACAACGCUCAGCUUUGAACUCUGAGAAAAAGACUAUACCAUUCCAAUGAGAAUGUACCGAACUUUGUACAGUGUGUUAGGCCACAAAGGUGGUGAUAUUCAUUUUUUUUUUUUUUACUUUCAUUGUGAUUUCUUUCUUUUAAUUUUUUUUAGCAGUUCUGGUAAUGUUACAGUUGAAGCUUUGGAAGGUGCCUCGAACUGGGAUUAUGUAGAUGUGAAGUUCCAGUGCAGCUCAUAUUCAGUUAUUGCUUGUGAUCUGUAAGUGCCAGCCUCAGGCACGACAACAACCUUUCUUAACCAGGGCAACCACAGACCUCCUGGAAUCCCAGAGGCAAACAAAGUGACAGCAGAAAUACUUGAGGUGAAUCAUUUUGCUUUGAACUUUUUUUGUUUUAGUUUUUUUAAACUUUGCCAAAAAGGUUUUUGUAAUGUGUUUCUAUAUGAAAAAGCACUUACUUUUCAGCACACUUGUAAGAAAUUGUCUGUUCACAGACAACUAGACCGCUUAUCAGUAUUUGUACCAAGGCUGUGUGACCUAGCUAGUAGUGUCGGCUUAACUUGUAAAAUGCUUAGUGUAUGAAUCAAUGAAACCUGCCUUCUUAAAAUGCCACACUGGAAGCUGCAAAAGAUGUCUUUGGAGGGCUGAGUCUUUUAAAGAAACGUUCUACGCAUUUAAUGUAUUGAAGACCUUGUUCAAAUCUACCGCAGCGAUGACACUACUACUUAUCGAUAGGGUACGCUCCCUGUCAAAUCCCCUGGCCACUGGGGGGCUGUUACACUUUUUUUCUUUAUGGAAGAAUAUCUUGAAUUUGACCACAUGCGUGGUUGUAAUGUACCUGUUUACCUUGCAAAAAGAGUUCAUGUUUUCUGACGGUACUUGGGACCGCACAUAACCAAACAUCCUGUCAACAUUUCAUAAUGGCUUCCAUGCAGAGGGGAGGGGUGGCAGAGGAAGGUUUGGUGAGCUGCUCAGUGUAUCGGUCAAAAUGUCAGUGUUUUUCUUACGGUUGGCAGCUUCUCCUUUUUAAACGAUACCAUACUUACAAAGAUAGAAUUCAAAGAUUGAUAAGGAUAAGUGUCAUGUCAGCUUUUCACCUUGUCACCAACACGAGGCAGGGGGCUGGCUCACUGGGCUUCCAAUGCUCACCUCACGAAUCAUCCAAAUUGUUAAAAUGUCCUGCGAUUAUUUAUGGAAGAACAUGAAAUCAAUGUAAUUUUAUCUAUUUUACUAUAUUUAUAUGUUGUACAUACAUGUAUAUAUAUCUAUGAGUUGAACUACUGUACAUACUGUAAGUUUUGUUGUUUUCUUUGACCUUAGCAUUUUGCUGAAAAUUAACUGGUGAAUUUGGUCUUAAUCAAUUUGCCCCUUACCCCUAUGAUUAAGUAUAACGCUGGUUUGCUUUCAUUUCUGAAACUACUGUGAGAGAGUUGUGGCCCUUUCACAUGCUGUAACUCUGAAAGACUAUGUUUAAAGUGGAACCUACCAAAAUAGUAUCAGUGAUCUGUGUGUACUACACUUCACAGUUGUAUUUGUGGCUCUGAUAACCUAUACUCAAGUUUUAUACACUACAUCUUAUUCGGAGAGUAUGUGAGCCAUCUUGUGAGCAUAGAGGGCAUUGCCCACCAGUGUUACACUCUUGUUUCAAUGAAACACUAUCAUGUAAUUAUUGUACAAAAUAAAGUCAAAGAUAAUCCCAUAAA